GGAAGCGGGAGGGGGCGUGAAUAGAGCAGCACUCAGGAAACGCGUGUGCGUGAGGAAGAAGUCGCUGUGUUUCCUGGCUGACACGUGCGAAAGAUAAAACAUACAUCCUAAAUGAGACAGUCUGACUUUUUAAUAUGGAGAAAAAACAAGUUUUAAAACGUUUAUAUGUUGGAGGACUUGGCUAUACAGUUUCUGAGGCUGAACUGCAGGAAAGAUUCAGCAAGUUUGGAAAUGUUACAGAUGUGGAAAUUGUUAUCAGGAAAGAUGAACAGGGGAACCCUAUGAAAACUUUUGCUUACAUCAACAUCAGCAUUUCUGAAGCAGAUCUUAAAAGAUGUAUGUCCAUUUUAAAUAAAACAAGGUGGAAAGGUGGAACGCUACAAAUUGAAUUGGCCAAAGAAAGCUUUUUGCACAGAUUGGCACAGGAGAGACAAGAAGCAAGAUUGAAGAAGGAAAAGCCACAUACAGAUGGCAAGGGAAAUCUGUUGGAAUCACUGAAUGAAGCUGGAGUUGUGAACUUUCAUAUGAAAGCAGUGCCAGGAACAGAAGUACCGGAUCAUAAGGAUUGGGUCGUUAGUAAAUUUGGCAGAGUUUUACCCAUCCUUCACCUUAAGGGUAGACACAAAAGCAAAAUAAUGAAAUAUGACCCAUCAAAAUAUUGCCACAACCUUAGAAAGCUGGAGCAAGACUUGACUGACACAGUUCCCAUAUCCAAGCUCACCUGGCAGUUGGAAGGCGGGGAUGACAGCAUAAGCAAGAAACGACGAGGAGAGUUCCCUGAAUUUAAAAAAACACCUAAAAAAAUGAGGAUACAGAGUAGUGAAGAUUUAAAUAAAACACCAGGUUGCCACUUGAAAAAAGAAAACUUAAAACAAACAAAAUUAGUCCAAAUGUCAAACUCCAAAUCAACUGGUCUGUCUAAAUUACUUCAGACACCUAGUCUUAAUAGAAUUGUCAUGAAAGGCAAAGAAUUAUUUCUGGAUAAGAACCUGGCAGCUGGUGUUAAGCCUAACAGGAAUACAAACAGCAUUUCAGACAGUGAUAUUGAUUCAGAAGAAGAAAUCAGGGCAAUGAUAGAGAAAGAAAAGGAAAUACAGAAAGCUAAAACAAAUGCUGUAUCUGAAAGUGAUCAUUUGGAAGUUGUGGGGGAUAAUUUUGAGCUAAAAUACAACACUCACUGGUCUUUAACCAAUCCAAAUAUGAAGAAAGUGAGUAAGGGAUGUAACAGACAAGGAAAGACUAUUGAAAAUGACACUGAUUAUGAUUCAGCAGAUACAGAUGAAAUUAUUGCUGUGACUAAAACUCCAGAUAAAAACAGUGUGAAGACUAAAAUUCUAAGAGAUUCUGAGCUGGUGAAAAUGCAAAGGAAGGACAAUGUUAGGAAUGAAACUUUCAAAAACAACAAAAGCUUUGAUUCUGUAAAUGAUUCCUUUGUGUUGUCACCAGAUAAGUUAAGAGACAAAAAUAACAAAAAAGCAGUGCAUAACAAAACAGCAGAAGUCCUGACUUCUGAACUACAGGACAACAGAGUUGACAGCAAGUCUGGGUCUACCGGUUUUGAUUCAGAGCUGGAAGCAAGUGAAUCUGAAGCUGAUUCUGAUUAUGAAGACAUGAUGCAAAACUGUUACCGCCUACAUCUUACAUUACAUGAGUUAGAAGCAUUAGCCACUGCAAGUAUUGAAUCUUCAGAAGGAGAUACAGCAGGUAAACAGAGGGAUAGUCAGUGCAAAACUGAAGGUAAUAUUAGUAACACCAAGUAUAGUACAAAGCCUUUUGAAAUUGCCUCUACAACUAAAACAUCUAUUAAUCCUGAAGAUAUAGUUGCUGCCAUUUUAGAGGGAGAGGAGAGUGCUGAUGAUGAGAAGCCAAAGGAAAAUACUUCCAGUUUGAAAUUUCAGCCUUUCAGAGGAAUAGGGUCAUUAUGUGAAAGUGAGAAUUUUGAGGAGAUGAGCAAGGAAGGUUCUUGCAGCUGUAAAAGAAAAUGUAACCAAAAUUCCUCAAGCCUUGUUGAUUUGAAAAAUAAAUCUUUAGAAGAGGUUUCAAAGCCAAACUGUUCUUGUCAUGGGAAACACUCAGCUUCCAGAGAGUCUAGGAGUUCCAUAUUAUGUUCACUUGAAGACAGAAGUGUGAAAAAGAAGCAAAAUACUCUCAGCAACCAGCUCAAGAAGGUGUUAAAUUCCCAAUACUCAGAAGGUGGAAGUGAAAAACCUGUUUGGAAACCACCUUUAUUACGAGAGAAUAACUACUUGAAUUCUCAUGCAGAAGAUCAAACAGCAAACAGAGGAGACAGUGAGGACUGCACCACAACUAGUAUCAGUGGAAGCGAGGAGGAAAGCACUGACACAGACAGUGUUUUAUCUGUCGCACAGAAACACAUUAAAUGUGAAUUGGAAAGCCCAGAAUCUCUUCCUGGCAAACCAAAGAAGGAUGCAAGCAGUAAAGGUUCAGCCUCUAAAUUUCAGGAAAGUGAGAACAAUAAGAAAAGUCUUCACAAAAGUAAAGAAAAGCUUUGCAUUCCUAUUGCUGUCUCAGUUGAGUCAGAUGAAAAGGAGAAACAAUUGCAGGAUAAUCAGAAGAGACUUGCAGCUCUACAAGAGAGACAGAAAGAGAGAGCAUUACAGAAGAAACUUAUUCAGGGGGCUCUUCUGAACCUGGAAAGCCAGUCAGCAAGCAAACAUAAGCACAUUGUAUUUGAUUCAGAUGGAGAAAGUGAAGCUGAAGUAGAAGAGAAGUCUAAGGAAGAAGUGACUAUAGGAAAUCUGCCUGGAAAAGAAUUUACUAGUAAAAUUUCUGGGAAGUUGUUUGAGAGCAGUGACGAUGAGCAAGAGGCUGCCGGUGAAGAUGACCGAUUCCAAAUCAAACCCCAGUUUGAAGGCAAAGCUGGUGAGAAGCUCAUGCAUUUACAAUCACGCUUUGGCACAGAUGAAAGAUUUCGUAUGGAUGCUCGGUUCCUUGAAAGUGGCAGUGAAGAGGAAGAAGAGGCAAAGAAAGUGAAGACAGAUGAGGAAGGAGAACUUGCUGCUGAGAAAAAGAAAAAUCUGGAGAUAUUGGGAAGUCUCUUGCAGAUCAGCCUAGAACAUCCUAAAUCAAGCAAACUGGCAACAAAUACCAAAAAAUUCAGAGAUAUUAAUACCUUACGCUAUGAUCCCACAAGGCAGGACCAUGAAGUUUUUGAAAGGAAAACAGAUACUACAGAAAAAGAGAGUAAAGCUAAAAGAAAGAAGAAAAGGGAGGAGGCAGAGAAAUUGCCCGAAGUGUCUAAAGAAAUAUACUAUGAUGUUGCGGUGGAUUUAAAAGAGGUAUUUGGAUCAACAAAAUGUGCAGCUGAAAAAAGUGAAAUAAUACCCUGGGACAAACAUGAUGAUAUGGAAGAAUCAACUCUGGCUGACCGGCAUAUAUUAAGACUUAAUGUUGAGGGCAAUGCAGAAGAAAAAUCUAGUGGCUUCACGUUUUCCUUUUUUGGUGACGAUAUGAACCAGUCAGCUGUGAAAGAAGAGCCCUACAAAAUUGAAACAAUAAAACCUGCAAGAGUAGCAUGGCAAGAGGAUCCUCGUUUCCAGGAUAGCAGCUCAGAGGAAAAUGAUGAGCCAGAAGACUCUGAAAAUGAAAACUUCAAAGAAAUGUCUCAGUCUUUACCACAGAUGAAGACGAGUAGAUUUUUCUUCUUUUCCAAAGAUGAUGAAAGAUUAAGAGAUGGUCCUAAGCUGUUCCGCAGAUCAUCAAACCUCAAUGAAGAAAAAGAUAAUUGGGAAAACCAACGUAGAUUGUUACUUGAGGAAUGCCGGAAGAAACAUAAGGAUGCAAGAAGAAAAGUUAAAGCAAAACAAUAAGUUUGACAGUGCUAGCCAGCAAUGUUUCUUGAUACAUGUGUAUUGUAUUACAACAAAAUGAAAAUGUCUGGCUUCAGACUUGUGGUCUUUCAGAGGUUUAACAGGAAAAAUAUUGCAGCUAAACUGAAAAUAAACUGUUAGAAACUUUUCAAGUUUUGAACAGCUGUCGGGAUAACAGGUCUGUAAAUAUGGCCAUUUUUAUGUGUACAGUUGCACUUUUAUUGUUAUGUGGGGAUAUCUGUUAAUUUGAACAGAUGGAAUGGGUGUGUGUGUGUAUAUAUACACUUUUUUUUUUACUUUGGAGAAAAUUGCUUUGAGUGUAACAUUGCUGCUUUAUCGGAUACUUUUAGUGUUCAGUGCAGUGUAGUUUGUAUUUGGCUAUAUUUUUUUGUUUUCUGGGUCCAGUCCUGCAAGGGGCUGAGAAUCUACAGCAGUGACUGAAAUGGAUGGGAGUUGAAAGCAUUCAGCUCCUAACAGAGGUUCUCAGUAACAUGUGGGAUUGACGUUCUGUGUUUAGCAAGAUACAGAGCCUUUAAGAUUUGUUUUGCUAACAAUCAAAAUAUUUAUUGUAAUUACCAAAGUAAAAAAUUAUACAGGAAGUUCAUGAAAGUGUUUAAGUAACUGGAAAGAUUUAUAAAAUAUGUAUGGACUUCUAAUUCUUUGCACAAAACCUACCUUUCCAUUUUUUAAA